UUCAAAAUAGUGUGAAAAUUCGUCUUUGGAAGCGUUUUAUUGAGCACUUUCAAAAUCUGUUGAAACGAAGCCGUUGGCAAUCUUUGACCAGAUAGUAUCAUCAAAAAUCUCGAGUGCAUUCUUAAAACAAUCCAUUUUAGCUGCUGGAGAAAUCCAGGAAACUGUCACGAAAUGGAAAGUAACAGCACAACGACCGACAAGAACAAGYUCACAAUGGCGACCAUGAGUGCUGGAGUUGUUGCCGUAUCAUUGGUGAUUUUGGCGGGAAAUUCCUUGGUUAUUGCUUCWGUAGCAUUAAAUCGAAGACUGCAAACCAGAACGAGCGCUUUUAUUACAAGUUUAGCCAUUUCCGACUUACUAAUCUCCGUGAUUGUUGUUCCUUUAAUCAUUAUUUCAAAUGUAGUUGGACCCGACAUGGAAUAUUCUCGAGGAAUGACCUACUGUCAUGCAACUAUUUCUGUAGCAGUGUCGUUAAUGUUCAAUGCUGUAGCAAAUCUAAGCGCUGUUAGUUUGGAUCGAUAUCUGGCGAUAAUGAGACCACUACGCUACAAACUGAUCAUGAGGAAAAGAGUAAUGGCURCAAUUAUUGCUUCAAUCUGGAUUUUUUCGACUGUCUUUGGGUUUGUCCCGUACAUGGGAUGGCGAACUGUUGUACCAAGGACUGAGGGCAUAUUUUGCCAAGUGUCGUUAAAUCUUAAGAGAGAGUAUAUAAUAACUAUUUGUGUACUUGCUACAUUUCCAUCGAUUUUCAUGCUACUUGCUUACUACAGGAUAUUCAAAACUGCUCAAAUGCACUCGACACGUAUCUGUGCAGCUAUGAACAGCAUCAUGGUAAAUUAUUCUAGCAGUUCCAUGACUACACUCGUUAAAGAAACAAAAGCUACUAAGAUGGUGGCCCUGGUACUUGGAUCAUUUAUUCUAUUCUGGACUCCACUAUUUGUAAUCAUGAUCAUCGACAUUUUCAAGGAGAAUUACGUCAAUUCGUACAUUUACGCCGGGGCUGUUAUGUUUGCAACUAUGAAUUCAGCGUUAAAUCCUGGAAUAUACGCGGCGAUGAAUAAAGAAUUUCGCAGUACUUUUGUGAGUCUGUUGCAUUGUACACGUCCUGGAAGGGUCAUACCAGUCCCUCGUUGAUGAUUGCACUGAUCAGAAAUUACUUUAUUAUUUGGCCAUACAUUGCAUGACCAAGAAAAACGAAGGCUCGGGGUACGAGAUUGUCUUAUACAUAAUCAUAUGGUUAUGGGAAGAAUUCGUAAAAACGUUAUACAAAAUUCUCAAAAAGAUGCCCACUUUGUCAUUUUUUCUGCMAUGUCAGAUCACUGCAAAACUCCUCUGUAAGUUAUAUAAACUACAACAAAAAUCAUUUUUGCAAGUGAUAAGAAUCAACCCAUUGGAGUAAUUGGGCCUCAUGCAGGCCCCUUGCAAAGAUAGAAAUCGAGACGACUUUAUUAUAGUAUGAAAAAGGAAAGCCUACGAUCAUUUUCAUUUGAAAGUAUUCUAUUU